UUUUUUUAAUGGUAUAUUCACUUGUAGUAUGGAGUAGGUCCUGCUAGUAAGGUUCUCUGGAAUUGUCUUCCAUGCAGAGUUGCAACAAAACUUUGCUUUUAUAACUUCUACUUCGUGCUGUAAAUUCAGGUGUUCUUCAGUUGUAUGCAUGGUGGCUGAAAUGGGGGCAGAUAAGUUGAAUUAGAAAGUGUAAUGAAGACAGGGUCUUCACAUUCUCUCAAUUUUAACACAGUAUAUGCUAGGAUAAUAGUCACUGUUCACAAAAUAGACUGAAGAGAAGCUUAAAAACUGCAUUAACCCAAGAAUUGGCCUUUAUUCUGUUCUUCUGACCACUUUUAUUUAGACGACUCUUCCACUGAAGAGGCUUUGUGUGUGUAGUGGUAUUUGAGUCAGAAGCAACAUCCCAAUGUUAUAAUUCAAGGUGGCUUUGCUGUGAAGACAAAUCUUAGGGCUGCUCUUCAGAAAAAUCAGUGUUGGGCCUCAGUAGCUACUGGUUUGACAUUGCAGGCUAUUUUUCUUUUUUCUUUCUUGGCUUUUCUGUCUUGAUAUAAAAAGAACAAGAGCUUAAGCUUGUAGCAUUUCAAAAUGGUAAGAAACAGAUGUUUAAAUUGGAAGAGGGUGUCAAGCACUGGAGACUUCUGUUAAACUGAACUGUUAUUUUUAUCGACUUCUCCAUCUAACAGUCAUGGCUCUGGCAAGCUGAGGAAAUUUUUACUUCCACCAUUUAGUACAGACAUACCUGAGAAAGUAAAUGCAUUCAGUCAGUGUUUGCCAUCAUUGGCUACUGUUGAUUAUACAUUUUCUGUUUGUUUGGGUUUUUUUCCUUCCAGAUACCUGAGUUUUUCUGAACUCAAUAUGUUGGUGGUUCAGAGGAGGAUUAAAUAACAUUGUGUAGUCUUAAAUCUUUGCUAACAAAGUACUUCUGUCACCAGCUCUUAAGUUUAUCACAGUCUUCAUCCUAAAGUGUGUGUUCUGAAUACCUAAGUAAAUGUCAUACUUUGUGCCUUGUCCUUUCUUCCUUUUUCCUAUAUGUUCUGUUUUUACCCAGAUCAUGUCCUGUGUGCUACAGAUACUGAAUUCUGGUUUAUUUUGUAUUUCUGACAUUACUGACUGCCUUUUUGGUGCUGUAUGAACAGAUUCACUGUCUGUGUCAUUGUUUCAUUUCUAGAUUUGAUGGAUGAUCAUCAGGAAAUCAUACCCAGUGAUGAUGUCACUGUUGUGUGGGGGCUUUGGGUUGCUUUUUGAGCCUCAAAGAAUGAGGGUUGUUUGGAUCAUCCCUUUGAAUGUCUUUCCUGGAAGAAUUUUUGUAAUUCCAUGAAAUGGUCAAUUCCUGCCUUUCUCUACUUUUUGGAUAACUUGAUUGUCUUCUACGUACUGUCCUACCUCCAGCCAGCAAUGGCUGUACUCUUUUCAAAUUUUGUCAUUAUAACAACAGCUCUUCUCUUCAGGAUAGUGCUAAAGCGAAAAAUCUCUUGGGUACAAUGGGCAUCUCUGGUGAUUUUAUUCCUGUCCAUCGUUGCCCUGACUCUAGGAACUGGAGGCCAUCAGCAAAGCUUGGCCGCACAUGGAUUCCAUCAUAGUAUGUUUUUUAGUCCAUCUAACCACUGCCUCCUCUAUGCUCGACCUGAGGAAGCAUGCCUGGAAAAGAGCAACUGCGUAACACCAAGUUUCCUUCCCAGCUUCCAUUGGAAUGUCACCAGUACCAUGGCAGGAGCAUUGAAACCUCUUCGCCUCAGUUUGGGUCAUCUGCUUAUUCUGGUGCAGUGUUUCAUUUCUGCCCUGGCUAACAUCUACAAUGAAAAGAUCUUGAAAGAUGGGGAUCAGCUUGCUGAAAGCAUCUUCACGCAGAACAGCAAACUCUAUGCCUUUGGGGUGCUGUUCAAUGGGCUUAUGCUGGGACUGCAGAAUAAGGACAGGAAGCAGAUAGGGAAUUGUGGCUUCUUUUAUGGGCACAACAUCUUCUCAGUGGCUCUCAUAUUUGUCACAGCUUUCCUGGGACUGUCUGUAGCCUUCAUCUUGAAGUUCCGAGACAACAUGUUCCAUGUUAUGACUGCUCAGAUCACCACUGUCAUCAUUACCACCGUCUCUUUUAUCAUCUUUGACUUCAGGCCUUCUCUGGAGUUCUUUUUGGAAGCUCCUGUAGUACUUCUCUCCAUAUUCAUCUAUAAUGCCAGUAAACCAAGAGGCCUGGAAUACGCUACUCUGCGGGAAAGGGGCAAACAUAUCAAAGGAGAUGCAUGGGAGAGGUCAAGCGGGGAUGGAGAAGAAUUUGAGAGGUUGAACAAACCAAGCAGUGACAUUGAUACAGAUGAAGAUUCCCUCUAGCAUUAGGCUGGCUCAGAGGAGUUCUAUUACUCAUAGUGAAAGAAUUUUAACAUUUUAUUAACACAGAGAAGGGUCAUUUUUCCCCACUUGCAAUUGAAACUGUUUUGCAGCUGGAUAUCAGAGAUGAAUGAGGAAAACAUUCAAGCCGUAUAUAUGGAGCAUUGUAUUGUCUCUUCCUAUGCAUGUAAAUUAGAGCUUCAAAAUCUGCUGAAAGAAACAAAAUCUGUAACUGAUGGAAACAAGAAGAGACCUACACCCUGGACUCGGUGGUCUGGGUGACAUGCUAUAUUAUGGAAGGCAGUCCUGGACUCUUAACUGUAUAUCUUUCACAACUUUGGUUAACUGUCCUGAGUCACUGCAACUUCCUGUAUGAAUUCCUUGGUUAGCAAAACAGAGAUAACUGUUCUCCACCUUGCAGCAGUGAUACAAGCAUUGAUUAAUGUUUCUGCUGUAUCUUCCAGUAUACAAAUUCUCCAGUAAGUUUUCUUUUCAGGACUGAAGAUGUUACUAGUAACCUCAUAAAUAGAGGCAUAUUGGCUGAUUUAUUGUAUUUUUGCAAUUCAGAUUGAUAUAUCCCUAGCUGAGUAAAAGAGCCCCUCUGAACCAA